AUGUCUGCUUCAACAGUCCUUCUAUUUGCUGUUAUUGUGCUUUUUUCACUGUUAGCUUUGGAGGGAAGAGAAAACGAGGUUCCUAACUGUCGCCGCGGACUACUACAAGAAGAACGGGAGAGCAUAUUCAGGGCAGUGCGUGGAACGUAUGCAUACUUGAAGUAUUCGUGCUUACUCGAACUGUCUGUUCACACAUACUGGAGAUACGGGAUCAAAGAAACCCCUUUGGGAUGCGAAUCACCAUUCGGCUUAUGCACAUUCUCUUACAGAUUGAACAACACCAACAAAUCAAGAGAUGAAUUCUUCGCGGAUGCAGCUCAGAAAUGGCGCAAUGAUACACUCACAUGUUUGUACGGUAAACUGGAGAUUGGCUGCGGUUACAGUUGGGAUAUUAAAUGGAAUGGCACCAAAAAGGAGGACGAGAAUGUCACUUUGUCGGACGUGUUUUCACGGAUGUCGAGCAGACUGCUCGUGCUGUCAAUAUCUCAAAUUCCUGAACCUGUGAGAGCAGUUGUUCUUGUACUUCUUUCACUGCCAGCCUUGAAAGGAAGGGUAGAUGAUGAUCUCCGCUGUCCUCAUGAACUGGGCCAUCAGUUGAAAGAAGGUGAAAACAGGAGGAAAUUAUUCAAAGCAGUUCGUGCAAAGUAUGCAUAUCUGACAUAUAACUGUGCUAUCGAAGUUUAUGCUUGUAUACUGUGGGAUUUUCGAUUCAAAGCAGAUCCUAAACAUCUCAACAAGACCUAUGGAUUAUACCCACUUGUUUACCAUCGGACGGAAACGAACCAAACAGUGACUGAAUUCUUCAAGGAAGCAGCUGAUAAAUGGCGCAAUGAGACACUCAACGAUUGGUACGGUCAUCGCCAUAUGGGCUGUGACUUCAAAAUGAAGGAUACCGGCAAUCACAUGUAUCACAACUACACAGUAUUCUGCUUCUUUACAGGAAAGCCUGGAAUCAGAGAUGAAAAAUGGAAAGUUGGAUGA